AUCUCCCUCUCACUCCCAGCCCUCACAGAUCCUGAGAAGCGUCGACAGCCAGUAGGAAGAGGAGUUGCUCGCAGCAGCAGCUCCAGCCUCUCGAGCCUCCACGUCACAUCGCCGGCGCCGGCUCAUGUCUCUCCUCACCUCGCCCACGCCGUUCGGCGGCGCGGCCGUCCGCCGCCGCGCCCCUCCCGCUUCCGCCGCCGCGGCGACCCGGCUCGACCUCCCGCUGGUGGGCAGCCGGGCCGCGCUGCACGUGGCGCGCGCGCGCAGAGGCGGCGUCUCGUCCCGCACGCAGCGGCGCCUGGAGGAGCGCGGCAAGAAUAAGCGCCGGGGAGGCGGUAGCGUCACGGCGCCCGCGCCGCCCGACAUGGACGAGGACGCCGCCGCCGGGGAAGGGGUGGACUGGGAAGGGGAGCCGCUGGGGUUCGAGGUGUCGACGACGCCGAUGCCCGAGCUGCCGGACCCGGAGAAGCCCGACUUCUGGGAGGGGCCCCAGUGGGACGCCCUCGGCUUCUUCGUGCAGUACAUGUGGGCGUUCGGCGUCUUCUUCGGCCUGGUUGCAUGUGGGUUCGCUGUGGCAACGUAUAACGAAGGAGCGACAGACUUCAGAGAAACUCCUUCCUACAAGGAAUCGGUCCAAACACAGGAGUUCCCGGAAGAGUCAGAAUCAUCAGGCUCUGAUGUGUUUGAAGGUAACCCAACCGAGGUGGCACCGGCUCUUGAGUAGGACGUCGGGAAGACAUCGGAAAUGGAAAAAUGAAGGUUGGCUAUUGGAGCUAUAGGGUUCUACAAGUCAGCAAGACAUGUACGUGAUGGUACAAGAACAAGAUUCACUCAGCUGGAAAGGGGUAGUUUUUAUGAUAAUUAGCUGGCGAUUAUUGUGUACUAAAUUUCCCCUGGAUGAUCCUAUGUUGGAGAUCAGAAAACAAGAAUAUAGAUGAUAGCGGUAUGAAAUUCAGCAGUGGGUUUUAUUCAUGCUUGUUGUGCCUGAAUGAUUUGCAUACUUCAACUGAAA